AUGCUGGUCAAUGUCAGACGAAAAGACAAUAAUAUCAUCGAGGUACAACAGGAGGGACUGACAAUUCUGGUCACCAAACAUCCGUUCCAUAAGCCUCUGGAAGGUGCUUGUAAUCAGAACUGGCUCGGGACUGUGCUCAAGCACAUUUGUGGUCCAAAGAGUGUUUUGGCUUACUUCCUGAUAGCCGGGACCAGUCUCUCAGUUUACGUCUUCUACGUAUCUCUGCCUCAGCAACAGAACUAUGAGGAUCCAGGACCGUACCACGUGGCUUAUCCCCGUCAAUACCGCCUCAUCCAGGACCAUCCAGAGAAGUGCACCCAGUACAAUCCCUUCAUGGUGGUAAUUGUUCCAUCUGCUCUCCACAAUGUGGAAUCCCGUAAUGCUAUCCGGAGCACGUGGGGGAAUGACGACCUGGUUAAAGACAGAACAGUGCUGGUUCUGUUUCUGCUGGGCUUGCCUAGUGGAAACGACUCAAAAGCUCAACAGCGCCGCAUAUAUGAGGAGAACCUGCAGCACCAGGACCUUCUGCAGAGCACCUUCAUAGACUCCUACAGGAACCUGACCAUUAAAACCAUGGUGAUGCUGGAGUGGUUGAAAGAUCGCUGCCCCCAGGCUUUCUUCGCAGUUAAAGUGGACGACGACAUGCUGCUGAACAUCAAAGAUCUUGUGAGGAUGCUGCUGAACCCAGACACUCCUCACAGCAACUACAUUACUGGUCGUGUUUGGCAUAACAAUGUUGUAAUCAGAGAUCAGGACAGUAAGUUUUACAUCCCUCCAGAAGUGUAUCCCAAUGACGUGUUCCCGCCGUACCCUCUAGGAAUGUGCUACAUAAUGUCCAUGGACCUGCCAGAGAAGAUACUAAAAGUGUCCAAAGAAAUUAAACCCAUUUUCAUAGAGGACGCCUACAUCGCCUUGUGUCUCGAACGACUCAACAUAGCUCCCACAGAACCUCCAGACAUUGACCAGUUUGUGGUCCAUCCACCUCCACAGUACGAUCGAUGCUACUACUCCACGCUAAUCGCUGUAAUAACCUUUAACCCAGAUGAACUGGUCUCCUAUUGGACAGAUCUUCACAGACCUGGUCCACCCUGUUGAUGUGGGUGGGGAAAUCUGGACUUUCAGGGAUGGGUGUCCUGACAGCAUCUUACCAGAAAAGACUGAGAUGAUCUUUGGGAGAAACUGGGCGUGGCUUGCUUAAAGAAGGAGAGUUUUUUGAAUUUUACCUGAACUGUAUUUACUUCAACCCUGGUCACAUGGUACUAUUGGUCUUCUACUAAAGACACAUUUUUUUGUUGUUCUGACUGUGUCUACAGUAUGGAUCAGGGGUCUGUUACCUAAAACCUUUGUAACGUCGAACUUAAUAUCAGAAACAGAACAAGAUAAAAAGCAAAAAUAAAAAAAGUAUAA